AUGAGCACCGGAACACCUUAUAUUGGAAGUAAAAUAAGUCUAAUCUCCAAGGCCGGGAUUCGUUAUGAGGGCGUUUUGUAUACAAUCGACACGGAUAACGCAACGGUGGCUUUGGCAAAGGUUAAAUCAUUCGGGACAGAACGACGGCCUACAGACAGACCAGUGCCACCCAAAGAUGACAUUUAUGAAUACAUCAUUUUCAGAGGGAGUGACAUCAAGGACAUAACGGUGUGUGAGCCGCAUAAACCACACCAUGGUUUACCUCAGGACCCUGCCAUUGUACAGUCGUCCAUUGGGAGCUCCCUGUCCACAUACUCAUCCCAGGCCCCGUACAGUCCUUACCGGAGUAUGGUUCCUACCUAUAACCAACUGGCUGCCAGCUCUCUACUCAACCAGCAGUAUGCUGCUUCCCUGGGUCUAGGAGCAGGACUUCACAGCCUUCCAGCAAGACGAGGCCCGAUGGUAGAGCAGGCUGUCCAGACUGUACCAGCUGAGAAUGCUGCUGAAAAAAGGGUCCAGUCAGCCCCCCAGCUGCAAGGCAGAGAGUCCGGUUGGCUUUCCCAGCACUCUGACAGAGAUGGCCCUCUGUCUCAGAGGGCUGCUUCCAGUGGUAAGCUCAAACAACCAGGAUCAGAGCUUCUUGUACAGUCCCAGGAACAAAGGCAAGGCAAUGAUGAGAACUGCAGACCACAGAGACGAAGACAAGGCAAUCGUAGGGCAAGGAACCGUGGGAGAGGUCAGCUUCUUGUAGGAAACUCAAAAGCCAGAACCUUACAAUUUGAGUCUGACUUUGAUUUUGAAUCUGCCAAUGCUCAGUUCCACAAAGAUGAACUCGAGAAGGAGCUUCAUGAAAAGUUAACCAUUAAAGACCCAGAGGAGGAGUCUGGGGUUAGUGAGGGUCAGAACACUGAGGGCACAGUGGACGAUCCUCCUGGGGAGAAGUUCUACUAUGACAAAACAAAGUGCUUCUUUGACAAUGUCUCAUCUGAGAUGAAGUCUAGUAGGACCACCUGGGCAGAGGAGAGGAAGCUGAAUGUGGAGACGUUUGGCGUUCCGGGCCGAUUCCUGAGGGGCAGAGGAUUCCGAGGGAACAAUCGUGGGAGAGGAGCUGGGAGGGCCAACCAGCGCCCAAUGCCCAAAGUAGACAGUGCAAGGGUGUGAACAGGUGUGCAGUUACCUACCGCUUACUUACUGUAAUAAUGUUAGCUUUUAUUUGCGUUUUAGUUUC